UCGCGCUAGACGAGUGAAGUUUGUUAAAACUUAAGUGAGAAGGAAGUGAAGGAGCAAGAAAAUGAGGAAUAGGUGAAGUGGUAAAACGGGAGAAAUGUAGUGUAGGUUUCGAGAGGUGUCUGGUUCAUUUGGAAAAGUCACAGUUUCAAAGAUUGAAGUGACAGUGUACCCCCGACCUGCAAAAUAUCUCUCCGGCGCAUAAAAGGUCGUAAGUCCCCAGACCGUCAAGCAACUAUAGCGAUUGCGCGAAUACCAUAUAGUCGGUGCCGGCAAAGGUGUAAGCGGUGUUCGCAAGCGGUGUCAGUCGUCUACGGGUGCCGGAAAAAGCGGCAUCACACAAAGGGCAAUACUGCGCUGUCGAUGACUCGUCACUUAAAUCGGUAUUUUUUCAGUGAGGUGUCAGACGAUACUGAUUCGCUCACUGACUCGCAGCAAGCAUCUUCAGUUAGCUCGUCAAACAAAUUACCAUUAUAAAUGUCUACUAAACGUAAAAAUCAAAACACAAUGCAGUCAAAAGGACACAUAUUAAAUAUGAUUCAUCGGUUUAUUGAAUUGAUUGCCAGAAGGAUAUUUCUGUGCAUUGCAUACUUAAGAGGACCUCCAGAAUUGCAACCACCUAUAAAGGAUCUAACACUUUUACAUAGUGCAACAGUCCUAGCUUUUAAAAUUCGAAAUAAACAAUUAACUUCCGAAGAGGUAGUGCAAUCAUACAUAGAUAGGAUAAGAGAAAUUCAACCAGUAUUAAACUGUGUGGUGGAGGAACGCUUUGAAGAUGCCCUUAAGGAGGCUGGAAAGUGUGAUGAGCUAUUAAAAUCUCAAAAUGCUCCAUCUCCUCAAGGUUUAGCUGAAGAAAAACCGUUUUUUGGUGUGCCUUUUACUACAAAGGACUGCAUUGGAAUUGCUAAUAUGAAGCAAACAGCUGGUUUAACACUUCGCAAAAAUACCAUUGCUGAUCGCGAUGCGGAAGUGAUUAGAUUAAUGAGAACUGCAGGAGCCAUUCCUCUAGCAACAACGAAUGUUUCAGAGUUGGCCAUGUGGUGGGAAACGUCUAAUUGUUUAUACGGAACUACGAAAAAUCCUUACAACACUAGGCAUAUUGUUGGAGGAUCUUCUGGUGGUGAAGGUUGUAUACAGGCAGCAGCUGGUUCACCACUAGGCAUAGGCUCAGAUAUUGGCGGUUCUAUUCGUAUGCCAUGCUUUUUCAAUGGAAUUUUUGGACACAAACCUUCUAAAUGUAUAGUAUCAAACGAUGGUCAAUACCCGAGUGCUCAAAGCGAAGACCAGGACCGUUUGCUCGCAAUUGGCCCAAUGUGUAGACACGCACAGGACCUGCUACCUAUAUUAAAAGUUCUCGCAAAUAAAAACGUAGACAUGUUGCGUUUAAAUGAGAAAGUAGACAUUUCUAAAGUGAAGUUCUAUUACAUGGAAGAUGACGGCGGCCAACUCUUUACAUCCCAGGUCGAACCGGAAAUAAAAGAGGCCAUGAGGAAAGUGGUUCGCCACCUGGAGAAAGCGCAUAAAAUCAAAGCUACUAAACUUAAUAUUAGAAAACUGAAAAAAAGCAUCGCGCUUUGGAUGGCAAACAUGACCUGUAAAGACGAGAAAGAUUUUACGUACGAAUUGAUGAACAGAAACGGUCACAUAAAUCUGUGGUGGGAGUUUUUAAAAUGGAUAACGUGCAUGGGUAAUCAUACCUUAAUAGCUCUCCUUACUGCCACAUUCGAAAGAUUCACUGUGAAACAUGGAAGCGAGAAACACACUAAACUAAUUCAAGAAAGUAAAGACCUUUAUCGAGAAUUACAGGAUAUUUUGGGUGAAGACGGUGUGUUCCUGUAUCCAACGCAUCCAACUGCAGCGCCAUUACACCAUGAACCACUUGUUAAGCCAUUUAAUUUUUCAUACACUGGUAUUAUCAAUGUUUUGGGUUUGCCUGCUACCGCUUGCCCCUUAGGUCUGAAUUCGCAAGGACUUCCCAUUGGUAUACAGAUUGUCGGUGGCCUAAAUCAAGAUCAUUUAACAAUAGCAGUUGCUGAAGAGCUAGAACGAGGUUUUGGAGGCUGGGUACCUCCCGCUAUUGUAGCUUGAUACAUCCGACUUUCAGGCAAUAAUUCAGCGCAUGACACAAUGCAUAAAGUCUCCUUUUACCAUAUUCUGCCAUUGUUAUUUUUCGAGAACUAGUUUACACCCAAAUAAAAUUUGUACCAGAAAAUCAUAAGGUAAAGUACAAACUCGUAUUCAGAAAGUAGAUAUCCGCGUUUAAAUGUCCCAAGCAUGUUUGCAAUAGAACUCACAAAGGGACAAAUGAUUCUAACGAAUAUAAGCAACUUGAGAUAUACAAAAAAAAAUUGUUAUGUCGGUUCGAACAAUCGACGAUAAACUGUUUUCCG